GUGUAUCCAGUCGUUUUUUUUGUGAAACAAGCGAUUUUAUCAUGGCUCGAUAUAUUACUCAACGAUCUGUCGAUUACAAAAAUAUUAGUUUAGCAAUAUUAAACAAAUAUCCGGAAGUAGGAAAGAGGAACAAUUUUCAACUGGUAAGUGUUUCUUAUCUGUUUUUUAUCGUUACUUAAAUCUGCUACUUUUGUGCAGAGAAGUUUGUCUACCCCAUUAUCACUUUGCAUUCGAAAUAAGAAGAGAGAACAACGACGAAAGUUUGGACUUUUAAAACCAAGAAUACGAACCAAUACAAAAUCAAAAUUAAAUCUCACGCAACACAUAAAUAAAGGCAGAAAUAUGGUUGAUCCAGAUACGCAGCUGUUGGCUGAUAAUAGCGUUGCAACUAUGAGAGAUACAGCAUUAUCUGAUUUUGAUAAGCAGAUGGACAUGAAUGAUGAGGAAGUAAAUCUGAUCACAACGGGAAAUGCUUAUGAAAUAACAAUAGAGACUUCAAGAGAUCACGAUGCAUCGGACGUUAUUACAGAACAACCAGAAGAAGCAACACCAGAUCCAUAUGCACAACCAACUCAAGAACAACAAUUUCAUUCUUCAGCAACUGAUUACUGUUUGUUAUCACAGACAACCCAACAAAACUUAAUUAGUUUAAGUGUUGAGCCACCUAAAUUAAAUAUGCGUGAUCAGAAUGUAGUCAAAAAAGCAAAAAAAAUAGCAGCCAACGCGGCUUUCAGUGAAAAUCAGGAUCCAUUUGAAUCGGAUAGUCAACACACAGUUGUCGAGGAGACAAAAUCCGUAACAAGAAUUUGUACACCAACAUCGGUGCGUGUGGCUCGAUCAAACAGAUUGUUAUCUACUGCAAAUAUGAAUGUGCAAGAAAAUUUCAGUUUAUCUCAACCACCGUCAUUUAUUUAUCCUAAAAUUGUGAUUUCAAGUUCAAAUUUAUCGCAGUUACAUGAACAACCACCUCCUUCUUUGCGUACAGUACCAAUCCGUCCGACUGCUCCUCUUGUGUUUCAGUCAACAAAAACUGUACCAACAAAUACAUGCACAAUUUCCAAAGAUACCACAUUUUCAGUAUUAAAUUCGGUGAAUAAACCAACGGUGAACAAAACAAUCAGUGCCGACGCGUACAAUACCUUGAUAUUGUAUGAACACGAAUUAUUAACAGGUCGAACAAAAGACCUAGAUGAAAAAGCAAUCAGAAUAACAUUAGAUUAUUUUAUUGAAAAAUAUAGAUUCAAUCUAAAGAAUAAACAGAGCGAGUUAGAUUACUUAGCGUUGCAAAAACUUGCUGCUGAUUUAAACACAACAUGUUUCAUUUCUAAAGAAAAGAAAAAGGGUAAUGAGAAGCGGUUUGGCUUUUAUAUCGGGCACGAAUUUGAAAAAGCAGUGAUUGUUGUUCCCACAACACCGACAUCAGCCAAAAUUCCAGUCACAAUCUUCAGUAGUGGCUUACAAAAUGGUUUGUUAGUCUUCUUAUCAUUAUUUGUUGUUUUUGAAGCUGGUUAUCCGAGUGAUGUUACAUUACUUUUACAAUAUCUUCGUGCAGAAAUAAACAUGCAUCUUUAA